AGCAGAAACUGGGAGGGCUUUCGGAGCGGCUCCUGAGGGGAGACUGAAAUCUGAAGAGAAUUUCGGGGUUCUUCCCAAGGGGGGAAACGCCUGAGAAUAGUUUCUCCACAUGCCCCAGAGAGCGAGAGAGAGCGAGAGGAGACCCUUGAGCCUGCAAGAAAGGCAUUUCUCACUUGUAGUCUAAAGUACAAAGGGAUUUUGCUUGAAAUGUUACUCGCUGGAAGAAAGGAUCAGGCUGUACUAAAGAGCGGCCCUUUUAUAUCUGUCUUCUCUUUUACUCUGAUCCAGAACCCUGAGCAGUCAAGGGGCUCUCUCUUGGUGUCGGCGCCACGCUGGUUCCAUCAAGCACACGGCGAAGCUAAGCACAAGGAGUCUCCCCACGGGCUCGGAGUAUGUGAGCUUGCUGACAGGCUCAUCCAAGAGUGACCUAGCUGGGGGAGCCCAAGCCACGUCCCACUUUUCCAGACAGCCGAGCAACAAAUUCUUCUUUCUCCAGCCCGUUCCUGUGCUUUGCAAAGGAACCUUCGUGCUGUAAGGUGAUCUGGCCCCAGCUGCCUUUCUCCAGCCCUUCGGGUAGAACAACUUGGGAAGUCAAAAACAACUCGGGGAAUUCUGUUUCACUAAAAAUAGAGGCCGGAGACCCUGUGACUUGCCACUUCUUCAGAUUGCUCCGACAGGCCUCCGAAGCAGUGCGUGACCCUAACUGUUGUGAGGGACGACGUGCUUCUUUCAUCUCGCCUUCCAGCAGUCUCCAGAGCUGAAAGGUGCUGUCUCUGGAGUGUUUUCCUCAACCAAGCCAGAGAAAAACUAGGAGGAGGAGAUACAAAUAUUAAGGACAGAGUUGUCUGAAAGGACAGAAACAGCCAAAUGUCCGGCAUGUGACCAGGCAGAGGAUGAAACCAGACUUCCUGCUCAGAGUCCUUGGCCAAGAAUAGCUCCUGGGCUCACCUUGCCCUCAGGGAAGGGGCUUCUCGACCUGCUCUUCAGGUUAAGGCUUUAUUUCCCCCUCUCCACCCCCACCCCUUGCCCCCGCCCUACCCAAGAAGGGGAGAAAACCCAUCAUCUGUCUUGCCUGCCUGGUUUGCUUGAAGUCCAGCCGGAUUCUCCACGCGGUCUCUUGGGGGGAUUUUUACAACCACACUGGGAUCUAUGAGCGGGAAGGUGAUCAAGACGAAAGAAGAGAAAGAUGCCUCUAAAGUUAUGGAUGACGCCCCCCCUGGCACACAGGAGUAUAUUAUGUUACGGCAAGAUUCCAUCCAAUCGACGGAAUUAAAGAAAAAAGAGUCCCCCUUUCGUGCUAAGUGUCACGAAAUCUUCUGCUGCCCACUGAAGCAAGUCCACCUCAAAGAGAACGCAGAACCCGAAGAACCCCAGCUUAAAGGUAUUGUAACGAAACUCUACAGCCGGCAAGGAUACCACUUGCAGCUGCAGGCAGACGGGACUAUUGAUGGAACGAAAGAGGAGGAAAGUACAUAUACUUUGUUUAACCUCAUACCCGUGGGUCUACGAGUGGUGGCAAUUCAAGGGGUUCAGACAAAAUUAUACUUAGCAAUGAACAGUGAAGGAUACUUAUACACAUCGGAACAUUUCACGCCGGAAUGCAAGUUCAAAGAAUCAGUUUUUGAAAACUACUAUGUGACCUACUCCUCCAUGAUCUACAGACAACAGCAGUCAGGAAGAGGCUGGUACUUGGGGCUUAACAAAGAAGGCGAAAUCAUGAAAGGAAACCACGUGAAGAAAAAUAAACCAGCAGCACACUUUCUUCCAAAACCAUUAAAAGUGGCCAUGUACAAAGAACCUUCACUCCACGAUCUUACAGAAUUUUCCCGGUCUGGCAGCGGGACCCCGACAAAAAGCAGAAGCGUCUCCGGCGUGCUAAACGGUGGGAAAUCCAUGAGCCAACACGAAUCGACGUAGCCAGGAGGCCAGUGGAGAGACGUGCCGAUGGAACCGACAUCUGGAGCCACAGUUGACCCUUCCUUAGCAAUCCAUCAUCCAAACGUUCCGCUCUGGACAAGCCAACAAACUGACAUAGGUCACCUCUCUUAUCAGCCAUUUAGACCUUCUGGUUGUUCAAUAAUAAUAUUAAUAAAGGAAAGAUCCCCGUAUUGUAGAAUGUGCUUGUGCAGUCUCAAAAAAGGAUAGCCAGACAAAUGUAACUUGCAACAUAAAAUUGCACAGAAAAAAUAGUCCAUAUCACCCACUCCCCCCAUCUCUCUCUUUAAUCUCACCUGUGCUUUGUGGAAGAAAAGAAAAAUUAAGAAGCAGAAAACAUAUUUACAGCACUCGCUGCUGAUCUGAAUCUGCUUCCCAACUGAGAGAGACCAGACCAUGUAAACUCUAUAGUUUUUCUUGGCUUAUUGAAUAUCUCGUAAAGGCUUGAUAAGAAGAAAAAAAAUGCGUUUUUUUAAUUUGGGAUAGUUUGACUUUUUGAUUUCUCAACUCCAAUGGGUCUUCUGAGCUGCGUCUUUACAAGCAAAUCAAUGCUAGUAGUAGUAUUAUAAUGCUGAAAAACUAAACAUCAGGUUUGGAGCGGAGGCUCUGUGUCUCCAGCUCUGGCAAACAGUGUUCUUGUGAUUUUAACACACUGAAAUAUAUAAAUUUUUUAUAGAUUUGUAGUACUCUGUUUAAAGUCCUUGUGCUGAUCCCAGUCUGUAGGAACAAAGGUGUUGCGUUAACCCAAGUCAGUGGAAGAUCCCCUUCUUUGAAAAGAGGGAUCAACUUAUCCCCCUCUGUAGGUUUUCCUUUUUCUCUUCCCUCGCUCUCUCUUAAUUACAUUUGUGUGUAACAUAUUUAAAAACAAACAAACCCUGUUCUCGUGGCUUCUUUUCUAAAGACAGAAACUGUGGAAUUAAGGUGACUUAACCAUUGUUUUUAUAAGGGGAAAAAUACGUAUUUGUAAAAUCCUCCUUUCACUUGUACUGGCUACAUGGAUGAAAUUUGGGUCAAAGGAAGCAUUACAACACUCACCGCCCCCCUAAAGUACAAAUACAUGCUGUUGAGAAAUUUGGUGUAAAAAAGGCCUCUUCCAUCAGCUCAGAGGAGGGUACAGGUGGUGUCCGAGAAGUAUCAUAGUCCUCCCUUGCGAGGGAAAGAUCCACUGCCUAAUGGGGCAUUGGAAGAUCUCUGCUUACCAUGAAUGGAUGGCCGUCUCCAUUGCAGCAUACUUGCUGUGUUGCACAGAGGAGAGGGAUACGAUACUUUCGGACACAAAAUUCUGCACCCUCCUCUUUGCCCACAGAAGGGCUUGGAUCAUGCCCCCCCUUUUUUUAAACAAACAUGAAAAAAACAACCUUUUGUUAGGUUUCCAUUGAGUUCAUUAUAUCCGUUGCAUGGGAGAAAGUUGGAGUAUUGGCUUAAGAGUUGCAUGACGUUAAGAUUUUGUGCAUUGCUCACCGUUGGCGUCUGUUGCCGAUACGUACAAAGCCGACACACGGUUCGGUACGAGCCGUUUCCUGCCGCUUUGUACAAAGGAGAUGUUUAUUAUUUGUUGUAUACAACCAUGCACUGAAUAAACUAAUUUAUAUUAAGAUGUGA